GUGCUGUCCCUCCUCCGACGAUGAUGUCACUCCCCCCUCCGCAGCCUUUUGCUGCCCAGAGCAGCCGGGGCUGGGUCACCCCUCCCCCUAUCGCCAGCCCCGGAUUCCCCCAUCCCCGCCCCGUCUCGACGUGGGGUACCGCCUCCUCCCGCCGCAGCCGCUAGCCCCGCCUUGGCCCCUGCCGCCCGCGUCUCGGCCAGCCUACCGGGCGAGGCAGGAACGCCCCAGGGCAGUCCGCCUAGCUCUGGCCCCGCCCCUCUAUUAGCCCUGCCCUACUCUCCAUCUCUCCACUCCCACCAAGACUCUGACAUCUAGCCCCGCCCUAUUUCCUAUUGGCCCCGCCUAUUGCUUCAGCCUAGACUGUGCUUCCUGGCGCUUUGGUUUUUCUCCUCUGCCUUCCUUAGGGCUCCCUCUUCGCCAGUUUUCAACCCAUCCUUUUGUUCUCCUGUCUGCAGUCCGCCCUUAUCUAGACCUCGUUCCCUUUCCCUCAUCAGUUGGCAGUUCUCGCCACGCCCUCUAAGUCCCCACUGAUACUUAGAACUCUCCCCAGGUUCUCUGGUCCCCAGGACUCUUCAUUCUAGGUCCCGUCCUCCCCCCGCAGCCCCGUCCAACCUGGUAGCUUUGUACUCUUUGCAGGUCUCACCAUUCCCUUAGCACUCCCAUCUAUCUUCUUUACCCUUUCUUACCCCUGCCCCGCCCCCGCCUAGCUUGGUUGCUUUCAAGUCCUUUAAAACCCAGCUCCUCCCUUAAUCUCGCCUUCCCACAGUCCAUUCAAGACUUUUCUACCAUUCGUAGACCCCACCCACUUUCCUCAGUCCCGCCCCAUCCAACCUGACACUUAUUUUCCCGGUCCAGCCCCGUCUCAUCAGCCUAAGCUUGCAGCCCUGGCCUCGCUCCUUCACUACCUCGCCCCCUCCCGUAAUCCUACCCAGACGCUCUCAGGUUUCCAGGAUUCGCUCCUCUCAGACCCUUCUCACUGGGUCUCAGUCCCUGUAACCCUUGCUCUGUUCCCUUUCAGUCCAGCCUACUGCCAUUACGCGUGAAAGUACUCUCUACUCUCCAUUUUCAGUACCCGCCCUCGUUCAGUCCCGCCCUCACUCUCCCAGCCCAAUCAAGGCUGUUUCUAACUACUUUUUUCGACCCCGCCUCUUCUUAAGAUCCGCCCUGCCCUGUCCGAGCAAUGGUAGGAGCCCAACCCCACCAUCUCCAUCUGUCCUUCCGCAUCAGGUUCUACUAGUCUGUUCUUUAGGUCCGGCCCGCAUUGUAGCCCCGCCCAUCACUCCGCUCCUCACGGCCUUUUUAAAUAGCUUGAACUUGUCCGUUUUCUCUGCCCGGCACCCUCUUUUUUUCAGUUUAAUCAGAUUUCUUUCUCAUCUAGCCCCGCCUCCUCCGCUCUCUUGGUGCUGCCAGGCCGACAGACGUUAGCGGUGCGUCCAGCCUCUUUUAACACUUCCCCCCUCUCCUUCCUUCGGAAAGAUCCAAUCGGUGUGUUUCAUCUGCUGCCCCGCCCCGUCCACCUAGGCCGUGUUGAGAGUCCCAGUCCCACUCUCUGCUUCAGCCCCACCCCUAUCCUCUAGACCAAUCACUUCGAUUCCUCCCCACUUCGGCCCCGCCUCCUCAUUUAUCGUUUCUUCCUACCCAAUCACGUCUGCCUCUUCCCCUGAGGUCCCGCCCUCGAGGCCCCGCCCCUCCAGCCCCGCCCCCCGUCCAAUGCUGAGCUCAGUCUGCGUCUCGUCCUUCCGCGGGCGCCAGGGGGCCAGCAAGCAGCCGCCGCCGCCGCAGCCGCCUGAGUCCCCUCCGGCGCUGUCUCCGCCGCUGCCACCGCCGCCGCUGCAGCAGCAGCAGCAGCCUGCGCAGCCCGGCUCCGCCGCGUCCCCGGCGGGCCCCCCGGCAUCCCGCGGGCCCGGGGACCGGCGCGCCGAGCCAUGCCCCGGGCUGCCAGCGGCGGCCAUGGGGCGGCACGGCGGCGGCGGUGGCGACAGCGGCAAGAUCGUGAUCAACGUGGGCGGCGUGCGCCAUGAGACGUACCGCUCGACGCUGCGCACCCUGCCGGGGACGCGGCUGGCCGGCCUGACCGAGCCCGAGGCGGCGGCGCGCUUCGAUUACGACCCGGGCGCCGACGAGUUCUUCUUCGACCGACACCCGGGCGUCUUCGCCUACGUGCUCAACUACUACCGCACGGGCAAGCUGCACUGCCCGGCCGACGUGUGCGGGCCCCUUUUCGAGGAGGAGCUCGGCUUCUGGGGCAUCGACGAGACCGACGUGGAGGCCUGCUGCUGGAUGACCUACCGGCAGCACCGCGAUGCUGAGGAGGCGCUCGACUCCUUCGAGGCGCCCGACUCCGCGGGCGCCGCCAACGCUGCCAACGCCGCGGGCGCCCACGACGCGGUCCUGGACGACGAGGCAGGCGCAGGAGGCGGAGGCCUGGACGGCGCGGGAGGAGAGCUCAAGCGUCUCUGCUUCCAGGACGCGGGCGGCGGCGCCGGAGGGCCGCCAGGGGGCGCGGGCGGCGCGGGCGGCACGUGGUGGCGCCGCUGGCAGCCCCGCGUGUGGGCGCUGUUCGAGGACCCCUACUCGUCGCGGGCCGCCAGGUAUGUGGCCUUCGCCUCCCUCUUCUUCAUCCUCAUCUCCAUCACCACCUUCUGCCUGGAGACCCACGAGGGCUUUAUUCACAUCAGCAACAAGACGGUAACGCAGGCCUCCCCGAUCCCCGGGGCCCCGCCGGAGAACAUCACCAACGUGGAGGUGGAGACGGAGCCCUUCCUGACGUACGUGGAGGGCGUGUGCGUGGUCUGGUUCACCUUCGAGUUCCUCAUGCGCAUUACCUUCUGCCCUGACAAGGUGGAGUUUCUCAAGAGCAGCCUCAAUAUCAUAGACUGCGUGGCCAUCCUGCCCUUCUAUCUCGAGGUGGGGCUCUCGGGCCUCAGCUCCAAGGCGGCGAAGGACGUGCUGGGCUUCCUGCGUGUGGUCCGUUUCGUGCGAAUCCUGCGCAUCUUCAAGCUCACGCGCCACUUCGUGGGGCUGCGUGUGCUGGGUCACACGCUCCGUGCCAGCACCAACGAGUUCCUGCUGCUCAUCAUCUUCCUGGCCCUGGGCGUGCUCAUCUUCGCCACCAUGAUCUACUACGCCGAGCGCAUUGGCGCCGACCCCGACGACAUCCUGGGCUCCAACCACACCUACUUCAAGAACAUCCCCAUCGGCUUCUGGUGGGCUGUGGUCACCAUGACGACCCUGGGCUAUGGAGACAUGUACCCUAAGACGUGGUCGGGGAUGCUGGUCGGGGCGCUGUGUGCCCUGGCGGGGGUGCUCACCAUCGCCAUGCCCGUGCCCGUCAUCGUCAACAACUUUGGCAUGUACUACUCGCUGGCCAUGGCCAAGCAGAAGCUGCCCAAGAAGAAAAACAAACACAUCCCCCGGCCCCCGCAGCCCGGCUCACCUAACUACUGCAAGCCGGACCCGCCCCCGCCGCCCCCGCCCCACCCUCACCAUGGCAGCGGUGGCAUCAGCCCCCCACCACCUAUCACCCCGCCCUCCAUGGGGGUGACUGUGGCCGGGGCCUACCCGUCGGGGCCCCACACGCACCCCGGGCUGCUCAGGGGGGGAGCGGGGGGGCUGGGAAUCAUGGGGCUGCCUCCUCUACCGGCCCCUGGGGAGCCUUGCCCAUUGGCUCAGGAAGAAGUGAUUGAGAUCAACAGGGCAGAUCCCCGCCCCAACGGGGACCCCGCAGCAGCCGCGCUUGCUCAUGAGGACUGCCCAGCCAUCGACCAGCCUGCCGUGUCCCCCGAAGACAAGAGCCCCAUAACCCCUGGGAGCCGGGGCCGCUACAGCCGGGACCGAGCCUGCUUCCUGCUCACCGACUUCGCCCCUUCCCCUGAUGGCUCCAUCCGGAAAGGUUACGAGAAAUCCCGCAGCCUGAGCAGCAUCGCGGGCCUCAGCGGGGUGUCCCUGCGCCUCGCGCCCCUUGCCACUCCCCCUGGCUCUCCCAGGGCCACCCGCCGUGCUCCCCCAACCCUGCCCUCCAUCCUCUAGCGCUCCCCUCCCCCCCGUGGGGGGACUCGGGGGUGACAGGGAAGAAGGUCAAAGGAGCUGGGGGUGGGGGGUGGGGAAAGGGUUUUUUUAAAAAUCAAAGUCAUUAAUAAUAUGCAACAGAGACGACGACGCCAGCAGACACCCCCGGGCCCCUCAACCCCACCUGGGCCCCCAGGAUGGAGGGGUAGGGUACAAAGCCCUACCCCCCAACUCUCCGCCCACCCCCAAAUAAAGCCUUCUCAGGUCUCCAUGAGCCAUAGGACACCCCCCUCCCAUCAACUCGUGUAAAUAAGUCCAAAUUAUGCCAAUUACAUUUGGGGUACCUUCCCCUACUCUGCAUGCCUCCCCCAAUCUGGACGGCCCCCCGCACUUCACCUCAGCAAUAAGCGCCAGGGGCUGCAUGCCACGCGACUGAGGGAAGGGGCACUCUGGGAAGGGGCGGGGACCUCAACGGGGUCAGGCUGGCCUUUAAGCCACAGGAAGGUCUCCUAGCCACCUACCCUUCACUCCAGGAGGGCAACCCAUCACGCAUUGAUUUAAAAUAAUAAUAAUAAUAAUUAGCGGUAAUGUGGGGGAAGAAGGAACAGUCACCCAAGCCAAAAACCCGAGCUGAGCUCAGAUGGUAGGAGUGGGGGCGACUGCGACAGCUGCUCCCUCAGCUUUUAGGAGGAUCCCUUAGGUGAAUUGCACCCUUCCACCCCUCCCCCAUCUGCUCGCCUCUGUUCUUGCUGCAUGGACUCAGACCUCCCAUCCCAGAACUGGGAUGGUCUGACCCUAGCACACAAAAUUCCCAGCACCCCCCCACCCAGAUUCCCAGGACAUGAGACCUGCACCCAGAAUUUCCGACACUGACCGUGGCACCCCGCGUUCUCCAAAUCUCCACACGCUCCAGGGACUUAACCUCUGUACACAGAUGCCGCCUCUCAAGCCCCACCCUCACCACUCCCUAGAGUGCAUCCCAGCACCUCUCAAUCCUCCAAGACUUGACCCAGCCCUGCAGCUCACUUUUAGCCUUUGGGAUGCUCCAAAUCCUUCCCAAACAUGGACACUUCCUGGACACCCCAAAUCCUCAGGCCUCAACUCCCCAGACAUCCCCAAAUCUCUGACAUCAGACAUCCACCUCAGGUUCUCCUGCCGCUAGAAUUUCCAAGAUGGGCUCAACCUGUCUGUAAUUCCAGGGAACCAGACCUUCCCAGGGCACCCCCUUUCUUAUGCCCAACCCUGACCCCCCAAAGAGCCCCUUCCCUUAAAUGGUGCCCAAAAGGUACCGUCUUCAUGGACACCAGUGUUUCCCAGGGGGUCGUAUUGUGCCCCUGGUGAUGUGAUGAGAUUGUAGGCAGUCCAAGGACACUUAUUUUUAAAGUUUUGUCUUUCACGGCACUUGGCACCUAAGCCGGUAAGUCCACAUCCUGCUGCUUGGCCAGGACACCCUUUAUUUAGGUUAGAAGUGUCUCCCGUCUCCAUUUAAAGUAGAGGCUGGGGCCGAAUAAAGGGACACUGGGAAACAAUGACCUAAGCACCUGGGCUGGGUCUUCAGCCCGCCUUUCCCCGGCUCCAAGCCCCGCCGCGCUUGCGGGUGGGAAAUCACUUUCAUACCCCAGCCUGGCUCAAGGGUGCGCUACCUCCCCCAAGCCCGGAGACCACACCGGUCCCAGAAUCCUUAGAGGACCCCCCUUUUGGAGCUGGGGGUCCACAGAACUAGCAACUUUCCUCCCUCUGCUCCCACAGCCUCAGGAACGCCCCACCCCCACCCAAGGGCUGGGGGGGGUGUCGCCGAGCACGAUUCUUGAUGCAACGAUUCCUAUGCAAGGGGCAUUUUGAGUCCCCCCCAUCCUUCCCUCGGACCCUAAACCCUGGCGAAUCAGGGGUGAGGGAUGGGGUGGGUUCUGUGGGGGCGGGGUGGGGUGGGGCAAAGGGCUAGGGGCUCCAGACACCAGGGUAUGGGGGUGGGGAUCGAUUAUAUUGCCAAAGGGUUUAACUUAUUUAAAAA